UGCUCUUCUUCUGUCUUUUCAUUUCCCUGAAAGUUCUAAGCAAAAAAGGAAAAAAUGGAAUGGCCAUCAACAUCAUGGAAUGUGUUUGGUUCAGCAAAUAUGAUAGAGCAAGCAAAAGAAGAACUGGAAAUUUUGGAAGAUCAGCACCCAAACAAGUUUGAGUAUCUGAAGUUGGAGCUCAGAUCCUUCAUCUCUUUUCUUGAAUCCAACAACUCUGAUUCUGUUCCUUCAACCUCUGCUGCUACUCAAGAGUCAUCAAGCAACAGGAAGAGGAAAAAUGGAAGCUAUGGUAGUCAAGACAAUCAAGAACCCAAGAAGAAACUGCAAAAAAUAGUGCUGGAUCCUGUGAGUUGUACUAAGAGGAGUAGGAUUGAUGUUGUCAUGGAAAGAGCUAAGGCAUGUCUUGAGAAAAUUCAACGGUUCAAAACUAGUAACAAGUGAUUUUAUC